CUUUGAUUCAAUAAAGUCGUCGGACAGGCUCAGAGAAGAACGCAACCCAAAGUAAAAUGGCGUUGAACCUCGAGAAGCAACUCCUUUUUUAUGGUGCCUAUCACAAUAACCCGGUGAAUGUGGUCAUUCACAUCACCUGUGUACCGAUACUCUUGUUCACAGGUAUAGCUUUGGCUUCGAAUUCGCCGGCUCUGUUCAACCUUCCUGAAGCUCUAAGCUUUGAAUACCUCCCAGCCAACCUCGGCACGAUCGCAGCCUUUAUAUAUGCCACUUUUUACAUACUCCUAGAACCUGUGGCCGGGGGACUGAUCGCUCCGCUCCUGAUCGCUGGCGCAGCUUACGCCAACUAUCUGCUGAGCACCUACGGCACAACUGUCAAUUACUGGGCCGCUGGAAUUCACGUUGUUUCGUGGUUGCUGCAGUUCGUCGGCCACGGCGUCUUCGAAGGAAGAGCUCCAGCACUACUUGACAACCUUGUCCAAGCCUUGCUUCUUGCUCCUCUCUUCGUCUGGUUGGAGAUUCUGUUCUUCCUCGGAUAUCGUCCUGAGCUGAGAGCCAGAUAUGAGGAGAGCGUGAAGAAGGAAAUUGCUGCCUUCCGGAACAAGAAGGGUGGCGCCGCGAAAUAGUCUCCUGGUAUAGCUCGCUUUUGACCUGACUGGUGUGCAUGGCUUGACUGUAUCAGCGUGGACAUGGUAAGUGGCUUAUGGCCGUAGCUGUGAUUGUCUUAUCCUUCUUUGUAUCAGAGCUCGGGUACGUCACAAUGGUAAGACUAUUCGGAAUCAUUUGCGACUGCAUAUUAGACUCAACCCGACUCUAUGUACAGCUCAUGAUGUAUCCGUUAUGGUAGCGGAUGAUACAUGUGUUUACCCGAUGUAAACAGUUUGACCUUCUGCAUUGGGCGGCAUGGAGAGUAUCAUACAAGAGUACUCUCUUGAAAAGCACAACAAGCUUUUUGUUGUAGUUACUUCGUAGAUUCGAUGUUACCGUUGGUAGUGUCCUUGAGUUUGGUUGCUGUGACGAAAAGACGUGGAUGACUAAGCCCCUAAUAUCCGCAGAUCCGAGAAAACGAAAAAUGGAAUUGCCAGCUGUCC